AUGCUAUUCCCGACUACCUACCAUACGUAUGCAUACUAUAUGACGGAAUCUAGCUUGCAGGGCCUUUGCGAAACGUUUCUGUCUAUUAUCUAUGUACUACUGACCGCUGGAGCCAAGUACCAUAAUGCUAUUCCCGACUACCCACAAACCAUAUGGAUGCAUACAAUAUUACAGAAUCUGGCUUGCAGAGCCUUUGCGAAACGUGGAUGGUGUUCGAUUCCACCAAAAACCCAAAUGCGGCUAGCGCCUAAUACCAGCCAAGUACCACAAUGCUAUUCCCGACUACCCACAAACCAUACGUAUGCAUACUAUAUUACAGAAUCUGGCUUUCAGAGCCUUUGCGAAACGUUUCUGUCUAUUAUCUAUGUACUACUGACAGCUGGAGGUGGAUGGUGUUCGAUUCCACCAAAAACCCAAAUGCAGCUAGCGCCCAAUGCCAGCCAA